UCCCAGCGGCGAAUCCGCCCCGCACUUUCCCUCCGGCCGCUCGCCAACUUCGCCAACUUCGGGCCCGGGCAGAGCGGGGCCGAGCCGAGCCGAGCCGGGCCGGGCAGGGUGCAGAGGAGCCUGCGGCGAAGGACGAGCGGGACCCGAGGCUGCCCCGAUGAGGCUGUGGGGCUGGCUGCUGGCGGUGCUGGGGGGGGGCCUGUGCCAGCACCCCGAGCCCCCGCAUGGCUGCUCCAUGGGCAGCUGCCACCCAGUCACCGGGGACCUGCUUGUGGGCCGAGCGGAGCGGCUGAAAGCCUCCUCCACAUGCGGGCUGCAGGGACCCCAGCCCUACUGCAUCGUCAGCCACCUGCAGGAGGAGAAGAAGUGCUUUGUGUGCGACUCGCGCCGGCCCUACUCCCCCCUGGCCAACCCCGUCAGCCACCGCAUCGAGAACGCCGUCCCCUCCUUCCUCCCCCACCGCAGGAAGGCCUGGUGGCAGUCGGAGAACGGCGUGGAGCAUGUCACCAUCCGCCUGGACCUGGAGGCCGAGUUCCACUUCACCCACCUCAUCAUGACCUUCAAGACCUUCCGCCCGGCGGCCAUGCUGGUCGAGCGCUCGGCGGAUUUCGGCCGCACCUGGAAGGUUUAUCGCUACUUCGCCUAUGACUGCACCUCGGCAUUCCCCAGCGCUGCCCCCGCGCCCCUGCGCAGGGUGGACGAUGUCAUCUGCGAGUCCCGCUACUCUGACAUCGAGCCGUCCAGCGAGGGGGAGGUCAUCUACCGAGUCCUGGACCCAGCCAUCCCCAUCCGAGACCCCUACAGCCCGGCCAUCCAGGAUCUGCUGCGCGUCACCAACCUGCGGGUGAACCUGACCCGGCUGCACACGCUGGGCGACAACCUGCUGGACUCGCGGCGGGAGAUCCAGGAGAAGUAUUACUACGCCCUCUACGAGCUGGUGCUGCGCGGGAGCUGCUUCUGCUACGGCCACGCCUCCGAGUGCGCGCCCGCCCCCGGCGCCCAGGCCAACGUGGAGGGCAUGGUGCAUGGCAGGUGUGCCUGCAAACACAACACGCAGGGCCUGAACUGCGAGAAGUGCGACAGCUUCUACAACGACCUACCCUGGCGCCCGGCCGAGGGGCGCAGCACCAACGCCUGCAGGAGGUGUAACUGUAACCAGCACUCGCGCCGGUGCCACUUCGACAUGGCCGUGUACCUGGCCACGGGCAACACCAGCGGGGGCGUCUGUGACAACUGUCAGCACAACACCAUGGGCCGCAGCUGCCAGCUCUGCAAACCCUUCUACUACCGGGACCCCAGCCGGGACCUGCGGGACCCCGGGGCCUGCCGAGCCUGUGACUGUGACCCAGCCGGCGCCCUGGACGGCGGGAUCUGCGAUGCCCACGACGACCCAGCGCUGGGGCUCCUGGCCGGGCAGUGCCGCUGCAAGGAGCACACGCGGGGCCCACGCUGCGACCAGUGCCAGCCGGGGUUCUUCGGGCUCAGCGGGGACAACCCCCAGGGCUGCCAGCGUGGGUAUCUCCGGCCACAUGGCCAGCUGCCAUUCCCACCUCUGCCAACAGGGGGCGCUUGGGGGAGCUGGGUGGG